AUGGAGACCUGCAGCGGCCCCGAGUGCCUGGACACUCUGACUUUUAUUGAGUACAGAGCAGGGGGCAGGGAAGGUAGGGUGAGACACAGACCAUACACGGAACUAGAAAACCAAACCAAAAUCACAGAAUUCUUCCUCCAGGGACUCUCAGAAAAGCCAGAGCAUCAGACCCUCCUCUUCACAAUGUUCCUCUCCACAUACCUGGUCACCAUCAUCCAAAAUGUCCUCGUUAUCCUGGCCAUCCUCACGGACUUUUGCCUCCACACGCCCAUGUGCUUCUUCCUGUCCAACCUGUCACUCGUUGACAUCCUACGAUCCUCCACCACCGUCCCCAAGAUGCUAGUGAACUCCAUCAGGACUCAGAGCAGAGCCAUCCCCUUAGUGGGCUGCCUCACCCAGAUGUACGCCUUCCACCUGUUCAGGACCAUGGACAGCUUUCUCUUGGCAGCAAUGGCCAUUAACCGCUUUGUGGCAUUCCACCCGCUCUGUUACUUGGUCCCCAUGUGCCCUCGUGUCUGUGGGCUGCUGCUGGGGGCACCGUGGGUGAUCACCAACAUCCAGUCUCUCGUACACACCUGCCUCAUGGUUCAACUUACCUUCUGUGCCGGCUCCGAAUUCUCCCACUUCUUCUGUGACCUCAUGCCCCUGCUGAAGCUCUCCUGCUCAGACACGCACACCAAUGAGCUGGUGAUCUUGGCUUCUGGCGUCGUCACGGGCAGCCCACUCUCCUGCAUCCUUCUCUCCUACAUCCGCAUUUUCUGGACAGUCUUUAAGAUCCCUUCUGCUCGGGGCAAGUGGAAAGCCUUACCCACCUGUGGCUCACACCUCACUGUGGUGUCCCUGUGCUACGGAACCAUCUUUGCUGUGUACUUACAGCCUGCAUCCCCCAGCUCCUCCCAGGACAAGGCAUCCGCCCUCAUGUGUGGGGUGGUCAUCCCCAUGCAGCCCUUUAUCUACAGCCUACGGAACAAGGACAUGAAGAGGCCCUGGGGAAGCCCAUCAGCAAAGCGACCGGACGCUGGGCUGGAACUGGAGAAAAUGAUGAAGGAUCUAAGUUGCACGGAUUUGUUUACUGAGGAUCAGUGUGAUGCCAGUAAUGAUGAUGACAACCAAGAUUUAUUAUCUAAACAACCCUAA